UGGGCGCCAGAGCUGAGCCCUAAAGGCAGAGAAGCAGCAGUCAGAUGGUCUGCGGAAGUAAGUCAGGCCAGGAGGAAGGUGCUUGCAAUGAACGCAGAAGAUGAAGAGUCAGUAGGGCAGGGCUGCGUUACCCAGCACGGCUUUAUUUGUGCGUACUUUUCACUACAGACUAGUAAGUAAGUAAACACAAGUAAGCCUGUGCCUUGCUUACUGGUUAAUCCUCUCCUGAGUAGUAAAGGUGAUCACACAGGGAAGAGAUUCCUGAAUCUAAAAGAAAGACUCUCUCUCUCUCUGACACACAGACACACACUACACUGGGUAUAGGCAAACACACACCCACACCCACACACCCCCGUUGGGGUCGAGUCGAUUCCGACUCAUCGCGACCAGAGGAGGAAUUCAAACCAGGUUCAGGGGGCCCCUUUCCACCUCUAGGCACCUGCCACUUCCCAGAACGCAGACACCCGGCUACCGCUGGGCAGAGGACUCAGAUCCUCACACGGUGCCAAGCGGCUAGGCUCGCGCCCGGCUAAUGCGGGGCUCCCCGGCCAGAAGGCAGAGAAACAGCCCUGGGAGUCAGCUCCCGGGGGACAGGCGCCGCGGGCUGGCUCCAACGCCUCACCUUGCCCCAUCGCGCGCCUCCGGGGACCGAGAGUUUCCUCCCAACGCUUGCAGCGCAGAGCACACUGGGAGGAGGACAAGGCCGGCGGAGGCCACCCCAAAACCAGUGGCCCCGGGUCCUCGGCCUGCUGGCCUCUUCGCUUUCGUUUCCGCCUUCCUCGCCGCCCAUCUCCAGGUUUCGUUUCCGAGGCGCGGCCGGAGGGAGGGGACACCGGGAGGCGGCCUUAUGGCCUUCGCCAGCCUCCCGCCCGCCCAGCUCCUGCUCCGGCGACUCUCCAGGCAGUUGCGCCCGCGGCGCGGGGCCUGCGCGCGGACCAUGGUUCCGGACCGCUGCUUCGCCCUGGAGCUCCCCGACUGCACUUUGGCUCACUUCACUCUUUGCGCCCACGCCCCUGGCGAUCCUCCAGGAGCCUGCCAGGAUGCCCGCCUGGCCGCGAUUCUGGGCUCCCCGGGACGCAACUACUCCCUCUGCGUGCCGCUGGCACCUGACGCUGGCUCAGGGGCGCGGGUCCGGGCUGCCAAGCUGCACCAGCGACUGCUCCAGCAGCUGCGCCGCGGCCAGUUCCAGCAGUGCCAGCUGCGGAGGCUGCUCUCUUACCGCCCCGGCGGCCAGCCCGGGAGCGCGCAGCACGGCUUCCUGCUCCAUGACCCCUGGGACUGCCUGGAAACCAGGCGCGCUCUGAUUGAGCUGCUGCGAGCCUGCAAGGAAAUCCCUCACCCGCACCUGGGGGAGUUUGAGACCGACCCCCAUGGCCAGCUAUGGCAGCGGUUGUGGGCGCUGCAGGACGGCCGACAGCUGGAGGUGGGGUGCGCCCUGGUGAUGCCCACCCAGGAGCCCCCGCUGCACCCCGUUUUGCCUGACCUGCCCAGCUCCGUGGUCUUUCCCAGCCGGGAAGCAGCCCGGGCAGUGUUGGAAGCGUGCACAUCCUUUAUACCUGAAGUCCAAGCAGUGCUUGACCUGGUUGACCAAUGCCCAAAGCAGAUCCAGAAAGGAAAGUUCCCAGUUAUUGCCAUAGAAGGACUGGAUGCCACCGGUAAAACCACAGUGACCCAGGCUGUUUCGGAUUCUCUGAAGGCUGUUCUCUUAAAAUCACCUCCUUCUUGUGUUGCCCAGUGGAGGAAAAUCUUUGAUGAUGAACCGACAAUCAUAAGGAGAGCUUUUUACUCUUUGGGCAAUUAUAUUGUGGCUUCUGAAAUAGCUAAAGAAUCUACCCAGUCUCCUGUGGUUGUAGACAGGUACUGGCACAGCACAGCCACUUACGCCUUAGCCACUGAGAUAAGUGGUGGCCUCCAGCAUCUGCCCCCAGCCCAUCACCAUAUAUACCAGUGGCCAAAGGACCUGCUUAAGCCAGACCUGGUCCUGCUGCUCACUGUGAGUCCUGAGGAGAGAAUGCGGAGAAUUGCGCGCCGGGGAAUGGAGAAGACCAGAGAAGAAGUUGAACUUGAGGCCAACAAUGUGUUUCGUCAAAAGGUGGAAGUGUCCUACCAGCGGAUGGAGGACCCCAGCUGCCACGUGAUUGACGCCAGCCCUUCUAGAGAGAAGGUCCUCCAGACUGUUUUAAGCCUAAUCAAAAAUCAUUGUAAUUAAUUGUAGUUACUCCUGGCCGGUGACACGUUUUACUAGAUUAGGUAUUGUUUGACACAUCUAAGCCCCCAACUUCUUACACAGUUUUCCCAGAUUUCUUUUGUAUAAGCAUGGUGUGUAGCGGAAAAUUGGAAAUGGGGCGUUUUAACGUUACCUAAACCGUUGGGCUGUCGUCUGAAUGAUGGGUGCGUGAGGUUUCAGGUGGGUCAUGUUCCCUGGAGACAGAGGCGGUUGCUUUUCUGCCUGGUAUGUUAAACAUGUUCUUGGAACAUAUUUCUAACUACACACUACCAGAUCCCUUUGAAGGUUUGUCUUAUCCAAAAAGCAUCAAGCGUACAGGAAAAUCUUCCAAUUCAACUGGAAGCCCUUCGACUCUCUCCCACUUCCACGCCCUGGCAAGCUGGUGGUAUUUGCAUGUGUCCUGCAUUGCCUUCUCUCAGAUAUGUUUGUGCUCUGUCAUCAUGGGCUAGCUGUAUCUCCAUGAGCCCCAAAUCGUGUAGCCAAGCAUUUCCACUGAACAUGUUCAAGUGCCCUGAGUGUUGAAGGACACCCCCUCUGGAGCCACCUCGUGCCUGAGGCUUAGAACCCUUUAGAGAGUUCCCUGGGUUAACACUUUAGAGUCGAAUACAGAGACGUCAAACGUGAAAUGCCCUACUUACUCGUACCACAGCUUCCGUUGAAUCACAUUUUGCUUAUUUCUGUUCCUUCCCUUUCUUCUGUAAAUAUGGCUCUGAAUAUAACGAGCUUUUUGCACUGAACUGGAUGCAUUUAACUUGGCUAAUCCAGCAAUUUAUUGAUCUUGAUGUUUAUAGUUCAUGGACUAUGAUUCACGAAUUAAAACUGAAGCCAAGAAGCUAAACUCAAUGUUUGUUGUAUAUUUUUAUUAGGCAGAUUUAAUUUAUCUUGAUCGAUAGGCACAGUGGAUCCUGGAAUGUUGUCUAUCAGCAAAUUUUCUUGCCCUCGGUUAGCUUAUGAACACAUGUGGAAUCGUUUUGAGACCUGUGUGCAUAGGUUUUGUUUUUUUUUUGAGAAAGGGGGAAGCUUAGUAGCUAUCUGGCUUUGGGUGUGUCAUUUAACG